CCCAGGCGCGCAUGCGCAGUGGGGCGCGGAGCCGGGGGAGCGGCGGCGGGCGAGAAAUGGCGGCCGCGGUGCUGGCGGCGCCGGAGGGCGGCUCUGCCGCGAUGCCGGCGGGGAGCGCGGCGGCUUGUCCGCCGCCACCUGGUCCCUCAGGCCCGGGUUCUUGGAGCCGGUCCUUGGACAGAGCCUUAGAAGACGCGGCGGCCAGCGGUACCCUCAGCCUGAGCGGCAGGAAGCUCCGUGACUACCCGCGGGCCAGCGCCGCCAACCACGACCUCAGCGACACCACCCAGGCCGAUUUCUCCCGGAACAGACUGUCAGAGCUUCCAGCAGAGGCAUGUCACUUUGUCUCCCUCGAGAGUCUUAACUUGUACCAGAACUGCAUUCGAUAUAUCCCAGAGGCUGUUCUGAACUUACAGUCCUUAACGUUUCUAAAUAUCAGUCGCAACCAGCUUUCAACAUUGCCAGUACACCUCUGUAGCCUACCGCUAAAGGUUUUGAUAGCGAGUAAUAAUAAGUUGGUUUCAAUACCUGAAGAAAUUGGACAGCUCAGGCAGCUGACAGAGCUUGAUGUGAGCUGUAAUGAAAUACAGACAAUACCUCCACAGAUUGGCAAUUUGGAAUCCUUGCGGGACCUAAAUGUCAGAAGAAAUAAUUUGGUGCGUUUACCUGAAGAACUUGCUGAGUUGCCUUUGAUUCGAUUAGAUUUCUCCUGCAACAAAAUAACAACAAUACCAGUUUGUUAUAGGAACCUCAGACAUCUGCAGACCAUCAUGUUAGAAAACAACCCUCUCCAGUCACCCCCUGCACAGAUAUGUAUAAAAGGAAAAAUUCACAUAUUUAAAUACCUGAACAUAGAAGCAUGCAAGAUAGCUCCAGACUUGCCUGAUUAUGAUAGGAGACCCAUGGGAUUUGGAUCCUGCCAUGAAGAACUCUAUUCCAGUCGUCCCUAUGGAGCACUCGAUUCCGGCUUCAACAGCGUAGACAGCGGAGACAAAAGAUGGUCAGGGAAUGAACCAACAGAUGAGUUCUCAGAUCUCCCUUUGCGUGUGGCAGAGAUCACGAAAGAGCAGAGACUGCGAAGAGAAAGUCAGUAUCAAGAAAACCGAGGGAGCACCAUCGUAACUAAUGGUGGAGUGGAACAUGAUCUCGAUCAGAUCGACUAUAUUGAUAGCUGUGCCACAGAAGAGGAGGAGGAAGAGGUGAGACAACCCAAGUGCGUGGACUCGGAAAGCCUCAGCUCGCAAUUCGUGGCGUAUAUCGACCAGCGGCGGAUCUCCAAUGAGAGUUCACCAGUGAAGCCUGUAUCCAUCAGAGAAUUUCAGAGAACAGAGGAUACGAAACGAUACUUACAUCAAAACAGGGAUACUGAUGAAUUACGAAGACCUGAAACUCUAAAUUUGAUGCAGGACAGAGAGCAGCACCGAGUACUAAGGAGUUAUGUGGACAGGACAGAGAGACCCCCGCCUGAUUCACCCUACUUUCUAUCAAGUCACCACAGUCAGGUGACGGAUCCCGAGCUGCACCGCCGGCACGUAGAGCGGACCCGUCAGGAGGCCCAGCUGGCGGCAUUUCGGUACGAGGAGGAGAGGAUGAGGACAAAACAGAUCCAGAGAGAAGCUGUCCUGGACUUCGUUAAGCAAAAAGCAUCUUUGAGUCCUCAGAAGCAAAGUUCCCUGGAUAGCGAGUGUCCCUUUCCAUCCAGAAGGUCUCAGCAUACUGAUGAUAGUGCCUUGUUAGUGAAUGGCUUUGAGCCUCUCUUUGUGUUUGAGAUUGACAAUAACACCAAUACCAUUAAAAGAAGGCCAGGGACUCGCAAACAGUCCCUCUCAGGGGUGAACCAAGAAAGCUGUGCUGCUCCCCCGCCUAAUGCCUCUGCCCUCAGUCCUGUCCAGAGUGAUGACAGAUCUACCAUCUCUGCUGGCUCACCUACCACUCAGACAGUCCACCUUUCCCCUCCAUAUCCUGGCCAUGCAGCCCCGCCUUCCUAUAGAAACCCUUCCCAGCGACCUGAGAGUUUCCUUUUCCGAGCAGCUGUCAGGGAUGAAGCAAACAAAGUUGCUACUUCAUCUUCUACCCGUGCCUUGUCUCCCGCUACUGAUUCUGCAGACCCCAGAGCAAGACAAAACUCCAAACAGCGAGAGGAGGAGCUGGAGCUCAUAGAGCAGCUACGUAAGAAUAUAGAAUCACGGUUGAAGGUGUCGUUGCCCAGUGAUCUCGGAGCAGCUCUCACCGAUGGGGUUGUGCUGUGCCAUUUAGCUAAUCAUGUGCGUCCCCGGUCUGUUCCCAGCAUUCACGUCCCCUCACCUGCUGUUCCUAAACUUACAAUGGCAAAAUGCAGACGAAACGUGGAGAAUUUCUUGGAAGCUUGCAGAAGGAUUGGGGUGCCUCAGGAGCAAUUAUGUUUGCCUCUCCAUAUUUUAGAAGAGAAGGGUUUGACACAGGUAGCUGUGACUGUCCAGGCGCUCCUGGAGCUGGCGCCCCCAAAGCAGCAGCAACUUCACCACUUGUCUGCUGUGUAAAGACCUGCGGGACCUUUUGGGUUACCUUGGCUAAGCAGAAGGACGUGAAGACUUUACUGCCCAUGCAGUGCAUCCAAACACACAGAGCUCUGUUCUAAGGAAAGGAGUUUCCGUGAUUCCUGACAGGAAUGUUUUACUUCAUUUCUCCAUUUUUUUUGGAGAUCGCAACAGUUUCCAAUAACAUUUUUAUUAUCAAUAUUUUUGCCCCUUAUUAAAAAUAGCGUUUGCUGGGAAGGGGGCAGAGAGUUCCCGCAGCUGGUGGUUGGAGCCAGCUGAAGAAACUCGCCUUGUAGACUGAAAACAUGGGUGUAGAGUUUGGAAAGCGAUUCCUGGGGGAAUUAGUUUGUUUAAAUUAAGAAAAAAGCAUGUUGGUGCAGUGGGCACAUGGGGAAUGAAAUGUCUUUCUUUCCCUGCAGGGUUUGAAGAGAGGGAAUUUCUUUGCCUCCAAAGAACAACAGCUCUUUCUAUUCUAUAUAUAUAUAUAUAUUAAAAAAAAAUGCAACACACAAUCUUAACCUGCAGUGUUUGAUAACAGGGUCCAACCUCACGCAACUGUAGCUUGUGUUGGCAUGUCCUCAUUACCUACAAUUUGAAGGGUGAAAAAAAAAGGGAUUAAUUUUUUUCCUAAACUCUAUGUUUUCACUGCAAGAAACAUCUUAGUAAAAGAUACUAAAGCAGAAGUGUUCAAAUUGUAUUAAUCACAUUAACUUUCUCGCGGGGUUCGCUGUUUGGGUUUCAGCGUGUCUGUGUCUGAAGAUGCUUCCCCAUUAAUGAUGGGAGCUCUCCUGCCCCCUCUCCUCCCCUUCUGGGCACGUAGGGACACGUCUCAUGACUCAGUAGUUUUGGCCAGUGAUGCCCGGAUGUCAUAAGGAGCCACGUAUGUGUUUUCACUGCGGUGUAAAGAAUUACAGCCUGCCGUGAUAAUCAUUAGAAACCCAUUUAAAAUAGCAAUAUUUAUUAGGGGCUGGAGCAUCCCGUGCACACAGUGGUGAAUGUCCCAGCCACUGAGAAACUUAGCAUUUUAAGCACCCAAUUUCUGAAUUUCCACAGGUGGGCUGCAUGUUGCCAAAGCAGCAAUCUGCUGCACAAGGGUUUAACAAGGCUUUAAUAUAUAAAGCCUUUUAUUAUUGGAGUUUAUGUAGAGAUGCACUGAUUUUUACAGAACUACCAUUGCUUCCUUCCUCUUAAAGUAAAAAUGGGAAUUCAAUAUACAGGAGCAGGAGAGGCAGAUUUUGCUGGAAAGAUGAUCUGAAAAACACAGAUCAGCUCUGUGUGCCCUGGUCCUGGUGACAAGCAUGAGCUCACGAGCAGAUCAAUUACAGUAAUUAGUUCUUCUCCCCAAAAAGACUUUGCAAAAUCCAUUUCUCCACCCAUGCAGUUCCUUUGUUAGGUUUUGCCCAAUUUAAAGCAUCCCACAACAUCAUGCUACUAAUACAGGGUGCACGGGGUCUGAGACCAACUUUGGGCUGUGUUCCAUCCGGGGGGGUGUUUGAAGCAGAAUACACCAAGAGGAUUUCACGGGGAUAAAGGAAGGGGAAGAAACGGGAACAGGUUAGCUAAAAGUCAUUUUUGCAGUAGUAAACCUGCUGUGGGAACACUGCCUUUAGCUGGAUUUUUCCCCUUUUGAUUUGCGGUUUUGUUUCUACCCCCUUUUGCUUCAUAUAUUUCUUCCAAGGCCCAUCAUGGUGACUGUUGAAUCCCUUAUUUCACGUAAUUAUUCCAGUUGUUUCUCAUUGCCACCGGCUGAUCAUGUUCCAAGUGGAGAAGAUGGCCUGAGGGCUAUUUAAAACCACACAGCUGAAAUGUUUUCACGCUGGGGAAGUGCCGAGCCCUGCAAGGAAUGAAAAUGCCGCUAACUUGCAAAACCCAGAGGAAGAGAUCAGCUCCACACAGAUGUGCGUUCCCCCUUAAGUAGGUCUUGUGUUUCACUUAAUUUCGCUUGCAAGUUGAAUUACGUUGAAGUGUGUAAAAUCCCCGCUGCAGUUUGCUGAGUGGAAGAAGCUGCCGCUCGCAAGGAAACGUACAAACCACAAAUGUUUCCUGCGUGUUUGUCGCUGCACGUAAUUUGAAAGAGGGGGGCACUGACUUCAUCUGAGUUUUCAACGUGAGGUUGCUUGUAUCGUUACAGGGGCAUGUUCACUGUUUAAUAGCACACCCUUGGUGGACUAUUUAAAUAUUCCUGUUUUAAGAAAGCCGUUCCCUCUGUGGAGUGGUGAGGGGGUGAUGUUUGCUCCAGCACUUAGCAAAACCAAAACCUAACAGUAUUCAGGUUGGUGCAGGUUUGACGUUUCAUUAAUACGGCUUUUAGGAGAUAGCGGGGUGGGGAUUUGAGCCUGAGCUGCAGGAAAUGGCCAUUUCCUAUUGUGCGUGGUGACCGCGGCCGCUCUCGGCUCCGCAGGUGGGGAGCGAUGGCCCAUGGCGGGCAGGUGACGUGUCCCCGUGUCCCCAGCGUCACUCCUUUUGUUCUGAGCGAGCGUUCACUCUGGCAGUUUCACUGUAUGCGAUCGCGUUAGCUCGGCGUUUAUCAUCCUGCGUUUUCACGCUGGCAAACCCUACGUCUUGACCAGAGGCUUAGGGCAAAAAUCCAAACCUAAAGUUUUAUCACACGGUUUAUUUAAUGAAUUAACCAAAACCAACUUCAGUUCCCUUUUGUAAAAUGGGUUGGGAUUUUUCAGUGUAUUUAUGUGCAAUCUUCGUUGUAUCCCAUGCAAAGAAUAUUUUAAAGAAAGCAUGUAUAAAGUUCUAUUUUGUGUGUUAAAGCAAAGAGGCGAUUGUCUUUCCUCUCUGAGGCAUUUACGUGGGAGGAACCCACCCGUGCGGUGCUGCUGGCUCCGCGGUGUCACCGUCCUUCCAACCCCCCGUGGGCUCCGCAGGGUCACACGUGUGAGCCCGAGCAGACCAGCGGCAUUUUGGGGGCAAAACUGCCAAGUUUGGGUCUUCCCCCUUGUGAAGGGGGAGGCGACCUGCUUAAAAUGAAUCAGAGCCGAGAACACCUCUGCUGUUCUUGGCAGCGACACGAUGGCAAAUGGUGUUUUUAUCCUUUCAUGCCUAUAAAUGGUUCUUUGAAAAACAUGUUUUAGAAACAGAGGACUUUUAAGAGGAAUUUGGACAUCUAAAAGAAUUCUUUUGUAUAGAUAUUGUGAUGUUUUACAAAGCGAUCUAAUUUUGUUAUUUCUGAAAACAGUGUAAACGUGUAAUUAAUAAAGGAUUUAAAAGCUUCAUCCCAUGCUGUAUGUCUGUAAAUACAUUCCAUAAGUCUGUUACAUAUAAAUGUGUCUGGAUAUUAUUGUAUACUUUAUUUUAAAUUGCCUGUAUUCUGCCGGUAGUGUGAACUUCUAGCACAUUGAUAAUAUAAAAGGAAACCAUGGGUAAUUUGAAAUAAAGUUUUAAAGCUUGUAUGAA